ACUCUGUCUCUGUCUCUCAGGUCUGUUGAAGGUGGUGUCGGGGGUUCUUCAGUUGGGAAACAUUAACUUCAAGAAGGAGAGAAACACUGACCAGGCCAGCAUGCCUGACAACACUGCUGCUCAGAAGCUGUGUCACCUCCUGGGGAUGAACGUGACGGAUUUCAGCCGCGCGAUCCUGUCCCCGCGGAUCAAGGUGGGCCGGGACUACGUGCAGAAGGCUCAGACGAAGGAGCAAGCGGACUUCGCGGUGGAGGCCCUGGCCAAGGCCACCUAUGAGAGGCUGUUCCGCUGGCUGGUCCUGAGGAUCAACAAAGCCCUGGACAAGACCAAGAGGCAGGGAGCCUCCUUCAUUGGGAUCCUGGACAUUGCCGGCUUCGAGAUCUUCGAGCUGAACUCCUUCGAGCAGCUCUGCAUCAACUACACCAACGAGAAGCUGCAGCAGCUCUUCAACCACACCAUGUUCAUCCUGGAGCAGGAGGAGUACCAGCGAGAGGGCAUCGAGUGGAGCUUCAUCGACUUCGGACUGGACCUGCAGCCCUGCAUCGACCUCAUAGAGAAACCAGCCAGCCCCCCUGGAGUCCUGGCUCUGCUGGAUGAGGAGUGCUGGUUCCCCAAAGCCACGGACAAGACCUUCGUCGAGAAGGUUGUCCAGGAGCAGGGAACGCACCCCAAGUUCCAGAAACCCAAACAGCUGAAGGACAAGGCGGACUUCUGCAUCAUCCACUAUGCGGGCAAGGUGGAUUACAAAGCUGAUGACUGGCUCACUAAGAACAUGGACCCCCUCAACGACAACGUGGCCACUCUGCUCAACCAGUCCACGGACAAGUUCGUCUCGGAGCUCUGGAAGGAUGUGGACCGGAUCGUGGGUCUGGAUCAGGUGGCCGGGAUUUCGGAGACCCUGCCGGGAGCGUUCCGAACCCGCAAGGGGAUGUUCCGGACCGUGGGGCAGCUCUACAAGGAGCAGCUCUCCAAACUGAUGCUGACGCUGAGAAACACCAACCCCAACUUCGUACGCUGCAUCAUCCCCAACCACGAGAAGAAGGCCGGGAAGCUGGACUCUCACUUGGUUCUGGAUCAGCUCCGAUGCAACGGAGUUCUGGAGGGAAUCCGGAUCUGUAGACAAGGAUUCCCGAACAGGAUCAUCUUCCAGGAGUUCAGACAGAGAUACGAGAUCCUGACUCCCAGUGCCAUUCCUAAAGGAUUCAUGGAUGGGAAGCAGGCUUGCGUUCUCAUGAUCAAAGCCCUGGAGCUGGAUCCCAAUCUGUACCGGAUCGGACAGAGCAAGGUGUUUUUCCGCGCGGGGGUCCUGGCUCACCUGGAGGAGGAGAGAGACAUGAAGAUCACAGACGUGAUCAUCGGCUUCCAGGCGUGGUGCCGUGGAUACGUGGCACGCAGGGCCUUUGUGAAGCGACAGCAGCAGCUCACAGCCAUGAAGGUGAUCCAGAGGAACUGCGCCGCCUACCUGAAACUGCGCAACUGGCAGUGGUGGAGACUGUUCACCAAGGUGAAGCCGCUGCUGCAGGUCAGCAGGCAGGAGGAGGAGAUGCUGGCGAAGGACGAGGAACUGAUGAAAACCAGAGAGAGGCAGCAGAAGGCUGAGGAGCUGCUGACUGAGAUGGAGAGCAAGCAGCAGCAGCUGUGUGCAGAGAAGCUGCAGCUGCAGGAGCAGUUGCAGGCGGAGACAGAGCUGUGCGCCGAGGCGGAGGAAAUGAGGUCACGGCUGGCGGCCAAGAAGCAGGAACUGGAGGAGAUUCUGCACGACCUGGAGGCGCGGGUGGAGGAAGAGGAAGAGCGAGCGCAGCAGCUGCAGAACGAAAAGAAAAAGAUGCAGCAGAACAUCAUUGACCUCGAGGCUCAGCUGGAUGAGGAAGAAGCCGCUCGUCAGAAGCUGCAGCUGGAGAAAGUGACGACCGAGGCCAAGAUGAAGAAGAUCGAGGAGGACGUGAUCGUGCUAGAGGACCAGAACAACAAACUGGCCAAGGAGAAGAAGCUUCUGGAGGAGAGGGUUUCUGAGUUCACCACAAACCUGGCCGAGGAGGAGGAGAAAUCGAAGAGCCUCGCCAAGCUGAAGAACAAGCACGAGACCAUGAUCACAGAGCUGGAGGACCGUCUGCGGCGCGAGGAGAAGCAGAGGCAGGAGCUGGAGAAGACGAGGCGCAAGCUGGAGGGAGACUCCACCGACCUGCACGACCAGAUCACAGAGCUGCAGGCGCAGAUUGCUGAGCUCCGACUGCAGCUCGCCAAGAAGGAAGAGGAGCUGCAGGCAGCGCUGGCCAGGAUCGAGGAGGAGGCCUCUCAGAAGAACGUGGCUCAGAAGAAGGUUCGAGAGCUCGAGUCUCAGCUCUCCGAGCUGCAGGAGGACCUGGAGGCGGAGCGAAGUGCCCGGAACAAGGCGGAGAAACAGAAGAGGGAUCUGGGGGAGGAGCUGGAGGCUCUGAAGACAGAGCUGGAGGACACUCUGGACUCCACUGCAGCCCAGCAAGAGCUGAGAACCAAGCGUGAGACGGAGGUCACUCAGCUGAAACGCACGCUGGAGGACGAGGCCAAGAGCCACGAGGCUCAGGUGCAGGAGCUGAGACAGAAACACUCGCAGGCACUGGAGCAACUGGGAGAGCAACUGGAGCAGAGCAAGAGGCUCAAGCUCAACGUGGAGAAGGUGAAGAUGUCUCUGGAGAGCGAGCGGGACGAGCUGGCGGGGGAGCUGAAGCUGCUGCAGCAGGGCAAAGGAGAGUCGGAGAGCCGGCGCAAGAAAGCAGAGACGCUGGUGCAGGAGCUGCAGCUGAAACUGAGCGAGAGCGAGAAGAGCAAGGCUGAGCUCGCGGAGAGAGCAAACAAGAUCCAGGCUGAGCUGGACAAUGUCUCUGGAGUUCUCAGUGAAGUGGAACUCAAGUCCCUCAAGGCAUCAAAAGACUGCUCCACAGUAGAGUCCCAGCUUCAGGACACUCAGCUGCUGCUUCAGGAGGAGACUCGCCAGAAGCUCUCUCUCUCCACUCGCCUCAAGCAGAUGGAGGAUCAACAAAACAGCCUGAGAGAGCAGCUGGAGGAAGAGGAGGAGGCAAAGAGGAGCCUGGAGAAGCAGAACUUAACACUGCAGUCCCAGAUGUCGGAGCUGAAGAAGCGGGUGGAGGAGAGCUCAGGUUCUCUGGAAGCUGUGGAGGACUCCAGGAAGAAGCUCCAGAAGGAGCUGGAGUCGGUACACCAGGCUCUGGAGGAGAAGAGCAGCAGCUUCGACAAGCUGGACAAGACCAAGAACCGGCUGCAGCAGGAGCUGGACGACCUGCUGGUGGACCAGGACCACCUGAGACAGAUAGUCUCCAAUCUGGAGAGGAAGCAGAAGAAGUUCGAUCAGAUGCUGGCAGAGGAGAAGGCGAUCGCAGUGAAGCAUGCGGAGGAGCGGGACCAGGCGGAGGCCGAGGCGAGGGAGAAGGAAACGAAGGCGCUCUCUCUCGCCCGCGCGCUGGAAGGGGCGAACGAGCACGCGGCCGAGCUGGAGAGAGUCAACAAGCAGCUCCGCACAGAGAUGGAGGACCUGGUGGGGGUGAAGGACGACGUGGGAAAGAGUGUCCACGAGCUGGAGAAGGCGAAGCGCGCUCUGGAGCAGCAGGCGGAGGAGAUGAAGACCCAGCUGGAAGAGCUGGAGGAUGAGCUCCAGGCCACCGAGGAUGCCAAGCUGAGGCUGGAGGUGAACAUGCAGGCCCUCAAGAGCCAGUUCGACCGGGACCUGCAGGGACGGGACGAACAGAGCGAGGACAAGAGGAAGCAGCUGCUCAAACAGGUGCGGGAGAUGGAGCUGGAACUGGAGGAUGAGCGAAAGCAGCGCUCGCUGGCCAUGGCCGCGAGAAAGAAGCUGGAGCUGGAUUUCAAGGACCUGGAGGCGCAGAUCGACGCAGCCAACAAGGGUAGAGAGGAGGCCUUGAAACAGCUGAAGAAACAGCAGGCCCAGAUGAAGGAUGUUCUGCGAGAGCUGGAUGACACGCGUGUGUCCCGUGAGGAGAUCCUCACCCAGGCCAAGGAGAACGAGAAGAAGGUCAAAUCCAUGGAGGCAGACAUGAUCCAGAUGCAGGAGGACCUCGCUGCUGCAGAGAGAGGCCGACGCCAAGCCCAGCAAGAGAGAGACGAGCUGGCUGACGAGCUCAGCAACAACGCCUCCAAGGGCUCCCUCGCUGUGGAUGAGAAGAGGAGGCUGGAAGCUCGCAUUGCUCAGCUGGAAGAGGAGUUGGAGGAGGAGCAGGGAAACACAGAGCUGGUCAACGACCGCCUGAGGAGAGCCACGCUGCAGUCUGACCAGUUGACCACAGAGCUGGGAGCGGAGCGCAGCAAUGCUCAGAAGCUGGAGAACGCCCGGCAGCAGCUGGAUCGCCAGGCCAAGGAGCUGCGGCUGAAGCUCACAGAGAUGGAAGGGGCCGUGAAGUCCAAGUACAAGACCGCUAUCGCCGCCCUGGAGGCCAAGAUCGCACAGCUGGAGGAGCAACUGGACCUGGAGACCAGGGAGAGACAGGCUGCCUCGAAGCUGGUUCGUCGCACAGAGAAGAAGCUGAAGGAGGUCGUGCUGCAGGUGGACGACGAGAGACGCAACGCUGAGCAGCUGAAGGACCAGGCGGAGAAGGCGAACGCCCGCACGAAACAACUGAAGAGGCAGCUGGAAGAGGCGGAGGAGGAGGCCCAGCGAGCGAACGCAACGAGGAGGAAGCUGCAGCGCGAGCUGGAGGACGUGAGCGACACGGCAGAGACGAUGAACAGAGAGGUCAGCCUGCUGAAGAGCAAGCUGAGGCGCGGUGAUCUUCCCUUCGCGAUGCGUCGCAUCGCCGGCCGCAAGGGCGCCGACGAUCUCUCCGACGACGAGACCGACGGCAAGACGGAGCCCGCGGGAGACUCCAAACCAGAGUAGAGAGGGGCGCCCACAGCCGCCUGCUGCUGCACCACACUGCCCUCAAGUGGCUGAACGCGGCACAGCACCCUCCUCAUUCUCCAGCUCCACACUGCUUAAAGAAAUAUAUACAUAUUUCAGAUUUUUUUUUUCCAAUCUUUUUUUCAAGGUUUUACGAGCAAUUCGGAGUCCUUUUUUUACUCUCUCCAAAGCGCUUUUGCUUGUGAUGUACAAUCAGAUUAUAAAUCUCUGUGCUGUACGUUCUGUUUUCAUAGCUCCAGCUAUAUGUAAUGACGAUGAUUUUAUAAGAUGAUGAUGAUGGGAAUCGAUUUUUUUUGACCGAGGUGGUUUUGUUUUUUGUGGGUUGUGUGAAGCUGCCGCCAUUGUGGCUCCUCUCCGGCGCUGCAGGGCGGGAGUCGAUCAGGAAGCUUGAGCCAAGAUGGCCGGCGCAGGGAUGCAGUUUCUUAAGCUUGUGUUUCUGUGUUUGUUUUUUCUGAAGUCAUUUCCGUCCCUUUCGGAUUCAGAGAAUCUCAGGAGUCCUGUUGAUGCCACUGUGUGUGUUUAUUAUUAUUAGGCGUGUUUAUUAAACUCGGUUGCCGGUGUUUGAAACAGCAGCCUGUGCUGAUCAGCGUGUAAACAGAAGGGGGCGGCGCUGCCUUCCUGGAGCGCAAUCUGACUCAACAAGAUUAUUUUUUUAAUUUGUUUUUUUGUAGCAGGUAGAAGCUAACAGAAAAAAAUCUAGAAAUGUUCUGGAAUUAUCUGCGAUGGUUCUAGAUUAUGGUCUUUUUCGCUGAAAUAAGUCAAAUGAAAGUGAUCUGAUUUGAAUAAAAAAAAAAUCUCUCUCCUCUCUCUCAUUCCUUUUUGUAUCUAUCAAAUAAAAAACUGGACCAAAAAAUAUAUAUAUUGAAAGAAAUAAAGCUUAAAAAUAUCCCUUGUUCUCUGUUAUUUCACUCUGUGUGUGUGUGUGUGUGUGUGUGUGUGUGGCUCAGAUUUCAACCCGGCUCUCUCUGGAGAGGGAGAGAAAUAAACAGGGGAUCCUGUAACAGACUGUGAGGAAUUAUAAUGGAAGCGGACUGGAUUAAAGUCUCUCCUCCACUCCUCUUGGUAUUCAGAGGGACUUUGAUCUAAGUUGCUUUUAUUCAGUUUAUAUAUUUGCUCUGUGUUUUUUUCUCGAUACAAUACACACCUGAAUAUGCAUAAUCGAUAUUCUGUAAUCGCUUCACUGGUGGGUAACGGGGUCACUGUUUCGUGUUUUAUUACAUUAGUUUCUGUAGUGUGAGAGGCUUAUCAACGCAUGUAUGCUUUGAGUUCGAGAUAUAUAUAUAUAAUCUCAAUGUGUUUUUAAAAUUGCAAAUAUAUAUUUUUUAAAGUGAACUGCCAUUUUUGUCCAGUAGGUGGCGAUGAAAAAAAAAAAAGUUGUUUGGGGAGGCCAAUAAAAAAUAUAUAUUAAAGUGCCUUCAUUGCCGGCGUGUGCAGAAUAAAGUGUGCUGAGAACGCACGAGUCUGUGUUUGAAUCCAAUUUGUUACAAAUAAAGCUUAUAAACACAGAAAAAAAAAACCUUUGUCCUCUUAACUCUCAAACUGUCCAAUGUCUGAUUGUGAUUAUGAAACUAAUAAUAAUAGAAAUACAAUUCUCACCUAUUUACGUCACAACUUCCAUUUGUGUUAUCUCCAAUUAUACACACACACACACACUUUUUUGAAAACACGAAAAAAAUGACCUGACGCAAUAACGUUGUUAUAUUCGCACGGCUGUAGCGGCGCUUUUCCCCCGGCAGGUGUCACGCAUUGCCUCGCAAUCCAGAUCAGUCCUCCCUCCUCCUCCUCCUCCCCCUGCCCUCAGUUCCUCCCUCUCUCCCCGCAUGACUUACAAUGCUGUCCGAGGCAGACUGAACCGGUUUCAGCAGCCGAUACAGGGUUAUGAAACGCUUAUAAAAACAAGCCGGCCGCCAAAUGCGCAACGGAGCCUUCCGCCGAUAUCCGUGCCGGCUUAGCGCAGCGCGAACACGGGACUGAAGCGCACGACUCGCCUCUAUCGGGCAAGCGGAGCCCGGCUUGCUGCUGCACCGGAAUUAACGGGAGAAGCUUGAUUCAGACGCUGCAUCGCCACAAAUAAAAAUAAUAAAUAAUAAUAAUAAAACACCGCCGCCGCCUGACUUUGCGAAGGGAAACGCAGCGCGGAACUGCCUGAAUCCUGCCUCACUGUAGCGGGACCAGAAGGGUUUCAUUUGUGUUUAUUCGUUUCUGACUUAGAAGCGGCGGAAUAUAAAUUGUGUAUAUUUAUUAAAACCCUUUUAAUCGUGAAAUUAAAAACAGGAGGUGACGACAGCUCGAGCAGAGUAAGUAUUUGUUUGUUUGUGCCGACUUUAAUGGACAGCAGAAAAAUAACCGCUGAACUUGUUUUAACGUGCAGAAACAAUAAAAAGAAGAAGAAUAUCAAUUAUUUUUGUUAAUUUUUUAAUGUGUAUAAGUUUUUGAAUUAAAGUAAUAUUAAUAAUCCUCGUUGUUAAGCCGCCUCGUUCCUGUUCUAGCGCCGUGCUGACCUGUCGCUUCAGUCUCUAGUUUUUAGAGAACACGGUGUCUCU